GCAUACAAACCCAGCGAGUGGGAUCAUCACCUCUAGAUUUUGGAAAUACUCCUCAACGGGAUGGUGAUCGGAGUGAGGCCAGCAUGAGGGGUCACGUUGAGGCAGGCCCGAAGCGUACCCCGGAUGCAUCCAUGACUUAUGAGCAGGAGAGCUUGCCGGAGUCUCAGGGGCCGGUAGAUCACGAGCCUGUCAGGAGGGAAGCGUGGCUAGUCGAGGAGAUGGGACGGAUGCCAUCAUUACAUUUUUCGGGUUGGCUGGCUUUUGAGCGACUAGGCCAGGCCACAAGACCUCACUUGUCGGAGGAUCGGCCCACUGGUGGGCUUAGAGUAUUGUAUGACGACCUGACCCUACAGAGGACCAAUAUUGGUAGUGGCCUCACAGCAGCGCGAGAGGCGACAAAGCAGGCCCCUCUUGGGCUCUUGAAGCCGCUUCCGAUUCCGGAAAGGCCUGGUGAGAGUCUGUCCAUGGACUUCAUGGAUACUCUGAUCACCAGCAAGAGUGGGAUGCGACACAUCUUUGUCAUUGUGGAUAGAUUUAGCAAGUAUGCUAGGUUAGUGGCAAUGCCGGAAACAACAAGAACAGAGUAUAUGAUCAGAAUGUUCAAAGAAAACUUGGUUCGGGACUUUGGUUUACCGAAGUCUAUUAUAAGUGACAGGGAUGUCCGGUUUACCAGUGAGUUGUGGAAGGUCGCUGCUGCAAAGCAGGGAACUCAGUUGCAGAUGACUUCUGGGAAUCACCCAGAGGCCAACGGUCAGGCCGAGCAAUUGAACCGCAUUGUACAACACCUGUUGAGGCAUUACAUCAAGCCCAACCAGGUGGACUGGGAUAAGAAGCUUGCUCUCAUCGCCAGCUUGUACAACAACGCUGUACACAGCGCCACCGGGAUAACAUUACGAGAAGGGUUUGAAUUCGUGGAUCCGGAGCGGGACAGUGGGACGACUGAAGUAAGAAUUGUCAUGGCAGGAACCUUCACCCUGCCAAAUGAAACCGUACGAAUGAGAUUGUCGCCCUUCAUGUUGGGACGGAUGAGAGGUGUGGAUCGCGUUGAGCAGGCGGUAGUAGUACUACCUAGGUUGAACUUUGAGGACGCCAUGGUACAUCGAGAGUAUUAUCGGGCCUUCCUGAAUAUGGGGCCAUUUGAGGAAGAACAUGGAUAUGAAAUGCUAUGCGUUUUGCGCGCGGUUGUACUAACGAGACCAAGGAUUCCGCUAGUAAGUGAUGAAACUAUGUGGGGAGUCAUUAGGCGCGAAGUCGGGGAAGGGUUGGAAGCCGGUAAGGAAGGACAAGGAUCCGGCGCCGCUGACGAAAUAGGGGGAUCCGAAGGAGGGCUUAGAGAAAUGGUAUCUUCACUCACGCGUGCGCUAAAUAAAAAUCAGGAAUACAUGGCUGAUGCCAAGAAGAAGUUAACGUUCAACGGGGCAAAUAUCACGAAAUUCCUAAUAGAUUACGAGAACUUGGUAACACUGCUAAGGUGGAGUGAGGAAAAGAAAAUGGACCACCUACGGCAGCAUGUAUCACUGAACCUAGGGAGGGACACAAUGACUAUCGUCGUGACCAGCAGAUCCUGGAAGGAGGUCCGGGACGUAAUGAUGAGGAGGUACAUGGCAUCCGAGAAGAUGGCCACAAAGUUGGAACUGGCUGUGGUACAAAGGAAAUUUUUCGCAAAAUAUAACGAUUUCCUUAGAGAAUUCACCCUCAUGGCAUUGCGGAUCCCGGGGGUGACAGACCGCAUAAUGAGCAAGUAUUUCCUUAGACAGUUCAUCAAGUUCGAUCAAGAUAAGAUCCUAUCGACUUACCAGCAGACCACAAAUUUCAUGAAUACAAGGGACGUCGACUUCAACACUGUAACAGAUAUUGCCGAAAAGAUGGUGGUAACCGACUCCUUAGCUCUGCUGAAGGAGGGAGAAGUCAUAAACCUAACCGGUAAAACAGAGGAUAAGGCGAGUCCUAAGCUCCUGAAAGGCCUUAGACAAUUGCUGACAAGACGAAGAGUAGAGAUAGAUGAAGGGCCGGAACAACAAGAAGAAGAGAAGGAAGAGGAGGCACCGCGAGAAGUGGCCAACCUCCAAAGGAUUCCCAGGGACCUAGAAGACCUUGAGAAAGUUUUCUCAAACAUCCGUUUAAGCCUGCUAGAUCACGAAGAUGGUGAAGUUAUGAGAGUGCCACCAGGAACAAAGCUUAGUUUUCAUGCGCGACCUUUGGCAGAGCGUCGCUACUCUCAAUUGAAGAAGGAGGUGUUGGUCGUUCUACAUUGCCUCAAGACCUUUCAAGCUUACCUCUUUGGACGAAGAUUCAUCCUAAGGAUCGACCCGACGAAUGUCGUGGGAGAACUAAAGAACUACAAGCCGAUAGAUCCGACAGUAGGAAGAUGGGUAGGGUUCAUCUGGCAGUUUGAUUGCAAAAUCGAGCACAUUGCGGACCUUAGGAAUAGGGCCGAUGGCCUGAGCAGGGUUUGCAUUACACCGGAAAGAGUAGAGGACGCGGAGCACGUCGAUGCGUUCCUCCACUAUGAGGGAGGGACUCUUGUGGUAGACAACGAGAUGGUGGAGCCGGCCUGUACAUCCGGGGAAUUGUUGCUUUAUGCAUUGGAAAAAGAGUCUCCUACCGUAGUGGCAGAACUCAGGGAGGGAGCAGAGUUACAAGGACCAAUUGUAAGUAAGAGAAGGACUCAUGGGGUGACAUUGUGGGGCUUCAGGAAGAGCUGAUGGCAAUGGUUGUAGAAGGGGGACAGGAAAUAGUUAUGAGUCUGGUUGAGUUGUGAGAACAGAAGCGGCAACAGUACCUAGUCGGUUAAGCAUAG